ACCACACUUCUGUGCUGCUUUCACAUGACUGGGUCGUACGGGUUUGAUAAAUUAGUAGUUUGUCGGUUUUAUUUAUUCUUUCAUUUAUUCUUUUGUUUGCUUAUUGAAAAGCAGUGAGCACCAUUGCUAGCAUGGAAAUCGUCAAUGUUUUGAUGAAGCGCCGCAGUGAGUUUAACCGGCUCCGUGGGUUCGUGGAUUCCGAUUUUAAAAAGCUCGUGGACAUGUCGCCAGACCAAAGCACGAGCGAGCAACCCAUCCACAAAGAUCAGAGCGUCCAGGCCGGCCAAGAAAUGUCCGAGCACGAGACAAACACGGUGGGCUUGGAGUUCAUCAGCCAUGGCAUGAACCAUGUUGAGGGGGGUUGGCCUAAAGACAUUGACCAUGAAAAUAUGGAGCAAACCAUUCGUUUUAGGAAGAAGGCAGGAAAAAAUGAAGCCUACAUAAGCAGCAUCUUACAGCUGGGAAGUGUCAUGGAGCUCUGCAUUCGCCAGAACAACGCCAUUGACAAGUAUGAGCAGUACUUUGAAGAUGAGGAAGAGGAGGAGGAAAAUCACAAUGCGCCUUAUGCCAAAACCAUGAACGUCUUAAGAGAUCCUCACCAGGUGAAACGAACCGUAACCAGUCUAUCUUGGAGUCCUGAUAGAGGCAGGAAACUGGCUGCUGCCUAUUCAUCUGUUGUGUUCCAGCAAACUUCUCAGCUGAGCACGGACUCCUAUAUCUGGGAUGUUGAAAAGCCCAGCAUUCCGGAGAUGGUGCUGAAGCCACCAUCCCCCCUCGUCUGCCUGGAGUACAACCCAAGGGUCUCCUACACUCUUAUGGGAGGCUGCUACAAUGGACAAGUUGCUUACUGGGACACCCGAAGAGGCUGUCAAACUGUGGCGUAUUCCUCUGUGGAGCACAGUCACAAAGAUCCCGUCUACAAGGUCAUAUGGCUUCAGUCCAAGACUGGAACCGAUGCCUUCUCUGCCUCCACUGAUGGACAGGUUUUGUGGUGGGAUGUACGGAAGCUGAGUGAGCCAACCGAGCGGUUGAUUCUGGAUCUGAGCAAAGAGGGGAACCUGGGCCGGGCUUUAGGAGGAAUCUCUCUAGAGUUUGAGAUCACCAUGCCGACAAAGUUCAUGGUGGGGACGGAGGAGGGUUUGAUCAUCUCCUGCAACAGGAAGGCAAAGACUCCAGCAGAGAAGAUUGUCUGCACAUAUGAUGGCCACCGUGGAUCUGUCUAUGCUGUGCAGAGGAACCCCUUCCUCCCCAAAAACUUCCUUACUGUGGGAGACUGGUGCGCCCGCAUCUGGUCUGAGGACAUCAAAGAGUCAUCGAUCAUUAACACCAAGAAUGGGGUGUCAGAGUUGAUGGACGCUUGCUGGAGCCCAGUCAGACCUUCUGUUUUCUUCACUGUAAAAAUGAACGGUGUGCUGGACAUCUGGGACAUCCUGUUCAAUCAGAGCGACCCCACUUUGAGCGUCAAGGUGUGUGACGGUGGACUGUACAGCAUCCGUGUUGAGGAGAAUGGACGCCUGGUGGCAUGCGGAUCUGAGAAGGGAGAGGCAACGCUGCUGGAGAUUAGUUCUGGAUUGUCGGUCCCGCAAAAAAAUGAAAAAAGUCUGGUUGCUGCUAUGUUUGAACGUGAGACGAAGCGAGAGAAAAUCCUGAUGGGCCGACAGAGAGAGAUCCGUUUGAAGGAGAGGUGUCGGUCGGAGCAGAGCAGAGAAGAAGAGGUUGUGCGGGAGGAUGGAGAGGAGAGCCCUCAAGAGCUCCUCGCUCGUGCUGAGAAAGAUUUCUACAGCAUGGUGGAGGUCGAGCUUAAAAGGAGGAGGAAAGGCAAAGAUUUGAUACAGGAACAAGUUGUCUGUGAGGACAAACAAACAUGAUUACAAAGAAACUGCCGACGUUUCAAAUAAACUUUAAAGCUGAAUAAACUGACUUUUGUUU